GCAUAUGGUGGGCUCAAAUAGCAGGAAUUAACAACUGGAACUAACAACUGGAUAACGACUGAAGGUUGUAAACAGAAAAACAGCAAAACGUGAUAAGUGAGGUUAGCCUGAGGAGGAAAAGAUGAAGGGACAGCUCUUACUAUAUUUGAAUCUUCUCAUUUUGGGGAGCCUGACGACCAUUUUCCUCUGGUAUACAUUCGACAGCAACUGGCGUUACUGCAGCGUAAAACUUCAACCACAAGUUCCUCAACUUAAUAGCACCCACUUAUGUAAAGAAUGCAGGGAGAAAAAACACAUACCAGAACUUUGCUCUGCGUCCUGGAGAAAAGAGAAUCAAAGGUUACGAAAUGAACUUCAACAAAAUCCUCAAAACGAAGAUGCUGCUGCUUCCUCUGAUUCUUGUAAAGACUGCAGGGAGAAAAUAAAUCAAUUGUUGGAGAGUUACACUCAAGUUUGGAAGAAAAAUGAAGAUAAUCAUUUUGAAUUCAGGACUCGGUUGAGCCUCAAGUGCAACGGUUUUGAUGAUGUCAUCAUUACGCAGACAAACACUCCCCUUGGAUCCAGACUUCCUUAUGAUGGGGAAAGAACGAGAUUCCUUGAAGUUAAAGCAGAGCAUUUUAAACAUUUUUUUCAAGGGCAUCCUUUCUCAAAUAAAACAAAGAAGACGUGCGCUGUUGUUGGAAACGGUGGGAUUCUGACAAACAGCAGCUGUGGAAAAGCGAUCGAUUCAGCUCAGUUUGUUAUCAGGUGUAACCUGCCUCCUUUGUCAAACGGAUAUGAGAACGAUGUUGGCAUGAAAACAGAUGUUGUGACUGCAAACCCAAGUAUAUUCACACAAAAGUAUGGUUCUCUUUUAGAACACAGACGUAUGUUUGCAGAGAGUCUGUGCCAAUAUGGCGAAGCCAUGCUGCUGCUUCCUGCCUUCUCCUAUCGUAUUAACACAGCAUCGUCUCUACGGGCGUCCUACACCAUCGAUGACUUUAGGAUCCCCAUCCAGCCUGUCUUCAUCAACCCAAAGUACCUUCAAAGUCUUGCUCUUUUUUGGGGCUCUCUAGGAUUGAAGGCAAGACGUCUCACCACCGGCAUUAUGAUGACAAGCAUGGCGCUGGAGCUGUGCGACAAUGUGGAUCUGUAUGGAUUCUGGCCUUUCGGUGUUCACCCACAAAGCUUCCAGUAUCUGACUCACCAUUAUUAUGAUGACGGAAAACUGAAGAAAGGUUUCCACUCCAUGUCUGAUGAGUUCAAGUUGUUGUUGCAGUUGCACAACCAAGGUGUGCUGAAGUUGCACCUUGGGGAGUGUGGACUAGAUGAAUAGUAGUUACAUUUGGCAAAGACAUUCUCAGUACACUGUAAAACAUUUGAGCCACAAUGAGUUGCGUCUGUUAUCUUCUACUCUGUAAAUCGAAUAUAUUUAGCGAGUUUUAGGUUUUAAGUGUGUGAGUUAAACUUACAGUAGUAAGUUGUAUUCAUUUUGUCAAACCUACAAGAGUUGGAUAAACUAGUUUUUAAUUGUUAGUGCUUUAUAAAAAACUGAAAGAAGAAAAAGACAGAAGUGGGAACU